CGUGGAGCAGGGUGCGAGGUGAUACCCCGUGCGAAGUCGGGUCAGUGGUCAUGGAAGGAGCCACCCUGCUUGACGGAAUGUCCAGUCCGGAGGAUGAGAUCGUGCAAGACCUGUUCGGCGCGGAGAGUCAGUUUGUUUCCGAAAACAUGCCCCUGAAAGCCCCGGUGGCUGUGAAGACCGAGGAAGACGAGUUCCACGUGUUACAAGACGCGUACCUGAGCCCCGCAGACCCCAAAGAGCCCCUCCUGCAUGCGUUCAACCCCCCGCUGAACGUGAACUGCAAUAAUAAAGACAAAGUCGAGCUCCUGGUGGAUGAAAACGAAGAGGAGGAAAUGCUCGGGGAGUAUCCGAGUCUCCCCGAGCUCAACCCCUUGGAGGACACCGUUCUUCCCGCUGCCCCGCCGCCACCACAAGCUUACAACGUCCACUUCCUGUCCUCCCUGCUGACCCCUCACAGGAGUCCUGCCGUCGUGCCCCUGGGCGCCUGGGCACGGGAAGGAGCCGCCCACCCCGGUGUCCGGGUGAUUCCAGUUGAAGUAAAGGAAGGAGGUGGCACGAUCGCAAGUAACAAUCUGGAGGAAGCAAAUCAGCAGAGCCGUCUUGCCCAGGAGCCAUCGUGCAAGUUCCCAUCACCCCAGGAAGCGGAGGAGGCCUCGGGCUGCUCUCACAAGGACUCUAAUCCGAUGGUGAUAUGUCAGUUGAAAGGGGGCACACAAAUGCUGUGUAUAGACAAUUCUGGCACAAGAGAACUGAAAACACUCCAUUUGGUUUCUCAGUAUCAAGACCAAAAUGAUUAUCCACAGUCAGAUGCCCCCAAACCAAUGACUGCUUUAGUAGGAAGGUUUCUGCCUGUACCAGCAAAAUUAAAUCUCAUUACACAACAACUGGACAAUGGAGCCUUACCACCCAUCGUCAACGGGUCUUCUUUCCCUUCGGGACCGGCUCUUCCAGGACCACCCAAAAUAACAUUGGCUGGGUACUGUGACUGCUUUGCCAGUGGGGACUUCUGCAACAACUGCAAUUGUAAUAAUUGUUGCAACAAUUUACGUCAUGAAAUCGAACGGUUUAAGGCCAUUAAGGCAUGUCUUGAUAGAAACCCGGAAGCAUUCCAGCCAAAAAUCGGGAAAGGGAAACAGGGGGACGUUAAACCACGGCAUAACAGAGGCUGUAACUGCAAGCGGUCAGGCUGCCUUAAGAACUACUGUGAGUGCUAUGAGGCCAAAAUUAUGUGUUCUUCUAUUUGCAAAUGCAUUGGUUGCAAAAAUUAUGAAGAAAGCCCAGAACGAAAAACACUCAUGACCAUGCCAAACUAUAUGGAAAUUGGAGGUUCUGAAGGCAGCCAUCACUUGUCACCCACUAAAUUUGCAGGACUACCAAAAUUCAGAAAAGAAAAGCGACCGUCCUGCAUCUCCUGGGAGGUGGUGGAGGCCACAUGCGCCUGCCUGCUGGCUCGAGGAGAAGAGGCAGAAAAGGAGAAUCACUCGGAGAGCCUGGCCCAGCGGGUGAUCCUAGAGGAAUUCGGGAGGUGCUUGUCGCAGAUUCUCCACACUGAGUUCAAAUCCAAAGGGUUGAAAAUUGAGUAG